AUGUUCCGGCAGUUUUGACAACUUUAAGCCUUUAUUAAAUUAAAGCUUUAUAGGUUUAAUUUAUGAUUAAUAGCUCAGUACAGUGGAGAAAUAAUUUAACAAGCCUUUAAUAUCUGAGUGAAAAUUUAUAAUAUCGCAAUUGUAAAAUGAUAAAUGUACAAAUUAUUAUUAAAUCUUACAGAUUCAUAUCGAAACUUAUUUUUUUUUGUGUGAUGGUGAUGUGAAUCAUUGUCAAAUAUAAUCUAUAAUUGUCCCAAUUAUGCCGCGCACACAUUUGUGCCGUGACCCCAUUGUGCUGGUUUUUUUUUAAUUGAUUGUAGUAACUCUCAAAGUUGAAUUAAAAUUACAUUUUUGACAAAAAUAUAAAGCGAACAGACUGCCUAAUUAUUAAAAAAAAAUUAUUUUAUUUCAAUAACCGACACACCUGUUUUUAUUAUUAAAGUUGUUAAAAAUGUGCCAAUAACUGUACACUUUACGCUAUGAACUUAUGAUACUAACAUUAUGUUUAGAAUAUUUUUUCAUUUAUUUGCAAAAUGAAAUUCUAAUUGUCUUGUAUUACAUUAAUAUUUUUUACGAUAAUGGAAACCACGGUACGGAAAGUGUGCCUCAUGACAUUCAAUAAAUGGAUUAAAUUAGUGUAAACCUUUAAAAGUUAUGAUAAAAUCUGGGUUAUAAUUUAAGGGCUAUCGGGAUGCAAUUUGUAUAUGAAAUUUUGUUUUACUUGAUCUCGGGUUGCAAUUAGUAUGCACCGGCUUGCAAAACCUAACGGCGGUACUGAUGAUAACAAUGAAACCCAUUUUCCUAACUUAUUUAACACGGAUGUGGGAUUUGAAUGAUCAGGGUGCAUAUCAGACCAACGAAAUAUACCUCACAGAGGAUUAUUACACUUCCCCGCAGUGGGAUAUGGAUAGUUAUUCAAAUUACGGCGAAAACGAAAGAGACUUGGCAUCGGUGUUAAUGAAUUUAAAAGAUGAUUGUGUGUCUCAUGGUAGCAAUAGUCAUGAAGAAGAAAUUUAUUACUACAAUCAUCAAGUGACUAAUAAUUGUAAUAACAAUAAUCAGCACCAAUAUUUUGCGUCAUGGCAUACCCCUAUAACAACUUCGACGCAUAAUCAUGAAUCUUCUCAGCGCGUUCCUGUUUAUAAUCCAAAUUUACACAACGGUUACUAUCAAUCGAUUGACAACUAUAAUAACUGUGUAUUACCUUCGAUCUUAGAUAUCGAUGAAGAACUUUGUAAAGCCAAUGUGUUAUUAAAAGAGAAGAAACGCGUAGGACGUCCAAGAGGAAUAAAAUCUAAACGAUCCAAAACUGAACCAAAAUUAAGUAGGAUAUGGGAAUUUAUACGAGACUUACUUCUAGAUGCACAAUAUUGCCCUACAUACAUUUGUUGGGAAAAUUAUGAAGAAGGUCGGUUUAGAUUCGUUCAGAGUGAUAAAGUAGCAAAACUUUGGGGAAAGUUUAAGCGAAAUGAAAGAAUGAACUAUGAAAAAUUCAGCAGAGCAAUGCGAUAUUAUUAUAAGACUGGUGUCCUGUUACCAGUACAAGGCAAACGACUAGUCUACAAAUUUGGACCUAAAGCUACCGGGUGGCAUACGAAUAAUCCAAAUUUCAAGUAUGCAUUUUAGUCAAUUGUAAACAGUGAUACAAACAAACAUUAUAUUUACAAUUUACCAAUUUUGUUUUAUUUUAUAAUAUUAUGUUAUUUUUAUUUUAAUGUAAAUUUUUACCAAUUUUUAUUGUUUUUUUACAAACAAUUAAGUACCUCAGAAUUAUAAGAACAGGUACCAGCGUAUCUUUUGUACCUUCAUUUAUUUUUAAAUGUUUUUAUAAAUAAGCAUAAAUAAUAUAUUUUUUCAUUUUUUA